AUGGACUACACUCCCACGAUAUACGCGUUGUCUACUCCCCUCUCCCGGUCCGCAAUCGGGGUGAUACGUGUGUCGGGCUCACAAUCAGAGUAUGUGUUCCAACAGCUCACGAAGACUACAACCACCCCCCAGCACAGAAUAUCAAGUCUACGGCAAAUACGGUCUCCGCGUACGGGAAUAAUUCUUGACGAAGCUCUAACGUUAUUCUUCAAAGGACCCAACUCCUACACGGGUGAAAACUCGUUGGAAUUGCACGUUCAUGGCGGUGUUGCAAUCAUCCAGUCGGUGCUAAAGGAAAUCAAACACCUCCACAACCCGGGUGCUGGCAUCAACAUUCGGUACGCGGAUCCUGGUGAGUUCUCGCAGCGUGCAUUCAUGAACGGAAGAGCAGAUUUAACCGAACUUGAAGGUAUACGAGAGAUGAUAGAUGCUGAGACCGAGUCGCAGAGAGUGUCAGCUUUAUCUUCUAUGACCGGGAAGAACAAGCAGUUGUUCAUGGAAUGGCGACUCAAGGUUCUCAACAACAUCGCGCUUCUCACCACCGUGAUUGAUUUUGGAGAAGACCAUGAUAUAGACGAGGUAGGGCAAUUGGUUGAAGAUGUGAAUCUGAACAUUCAAGAACUCCGGUUGCAAAUUUUUGAAUUUCUUAAAAAAACCGAACGGUCUCAGAUCUUGUUGAAAGGCAUUCAGAUGACGUUGCUAGGCCCUCCAAACGCAGGUAAGUCAUCAUUGCUCAACGCCCUUGCCAAUAAGGAUGCAGCUAUUGUAAGUAGUAUUGCUGGAACCACCAGAGAUGCGAUUGACAUUCCACUAGACAUCAGUGGAUACAAAGUCGUGGCUGGCGACACAGCUGGAGUGCGAGACAUUGAUCUUGCGGACGAGAUAGAAGCGGAAGGCAUAAGGAGAGCAAAGUCACGGAGUCUUGGAAGCGAUAUUGCUUUGGUGGUUCUUCCGAUGGGAAAAGAAUUUGGUAAUACGGGGGAUGAUUUCUUCUCCCACAUCGAGGAGUUGAAGGCCUCGAAUGCGCAGAUUGUGGGUGUGUUGAAUAAGGAGGACUUGGCAUCUGGGUCUGAAAAGAUGGAAUUUGUACUGCAAUUUGCUGAGCUUUUACCCAAGUCCCCAAUCUUCCCUGUAUCUUGUAAGACAGGAGAAGGAAUUAAUAACCUACUUGACCACUUGACAGGAACCUUCCAGGAAAUCACACUGUCUGGGAACUCGGAUCCCGUAAGUAUUUCGGAGAGAGUCAAAGACCUUCUAGUCAAGGAUGUUUUGUAUGGUUUUGAUGAGUUUGAGAGAUGGAAAGAUGCAGACGACGUAGUUUUGGCAUCUGAGUGUCUUCGCCAAUCGGUAGAGGGAAUCGGCAAGAUCACGGGGGAAGCAAUUGGGGUGGAAGAGAUUCUUGGGGUGGUGUUCUCCAGUUUCUGUAUUGGUAAAUAGGAAUCUUAGCACUGGUAUUUCUGAUACUUUUAUUAUGUGCAUGAUGAGCAUAAUACUCUAUUUGAUAUAAUACAUGGCAUUACUACAUGGCUAUCUCUAUAAGCUGUUGCAGAUGAUGAAGAAGGUGUAUUUUUCAACUUCCCACGAUCUCUUCAUUUGUUGUAACUGGUGUCUGGUGUGUCUUCCAGCAACCUCUUCACUUUCCUCGGGUUUGGUGCUUGACUUUUUGAUGAGUUUCGAUACACUGGGACUCACCUUACAUUCGAAAGUGACGAUAUUGAGCCCAAAACUCAACUUGAGGUCAUACAGUAACCUCAAUCUAUUGACGUCGGAGGUGUCAUCGGAAUCGGACCCGUUUUCAACCUCGUUAUCGUUCACAAAAAGCUUACACUGGAACUCCUCAUCAGAGGCAACUCCUGCAAAGCUUUGUCCAUUGCGAAUAUCCUCUUCUUUCAAACCAAACAAGUAGUCAUGCAAGUUGAACUUCAUGGUGAUGUACGAGGAUGAGUCAGAUGGUAACGAGAAUGUAUAAGACUGGGUGCAGUAGCCGUUGGAGGGAAACUUAUAUUCGAUCAAUGUAGACAACGAGUCGGUGGCAUUGGAGAACAAAGUGUCCUUUAUAAGUUGGUACCUGGAAACUGGCUGUGAAGCUCUGUAGUUGUUGAACUCUUGGGUUUGGCUGAGAAUUUGGCUUACGGUGGAAGCAGAAGAUGCGAUAUAUGCGUCUUUAAUGAACACUUCGUCGGUCGAACCAAGCGUCUGGGUUCUUCCCAUGACAUUAGAUUCCAAAGUAGGGAUCGGAGGAGCCUCUUCUUCCUCCUUGACUUCUGGAGCAGGAGCACCUUCUUCAAGUACUUCCUCGUCUUCAAUGUCAUCCUCAUCACUAUCGUUUUCCAGCUCUUCUGGCUCAGACUCUACCACCACCUUCUUCUUUCUUCCACGCUUCUUGGGCUCAGGUUUUUCAGGAAUGGCCGCUACGGCAGGGAUUUUGAACUUCAAGGGUUUUGCUUCAGGAAUGAAGCUGGUCCUCAACUCUUGGAACUUGUCUUCAAACAACUCCUCCAACUUCAACGAGUCUUGAUGGAUCAACGAGUUUGGAUCGUUAUAAGACUGAGCAUUGGAGAAAAUCAAUUUGGUCUCUUCAUAGAGUCUUUCAAGGUUUUCGUCGACCGGAUCUUCAGGAAUAAUGAUCGAGGUAUCCAACUCUCCCAACACCUUGUUGAAAGAAGUGGGGUUUUUGAUGACUUUGAAGUAGUCGGGGUACUCUUUCUUGUUGAUAUUGUCCAUAAAAGGUCCACUAAUGACACCGAUUUCAGGAAACUCGUGUUCUAUCACCAGGUUAAGCAACUGCUCAGCCGCCUGGAGCAAGUCAUCAUUUGUUAGUUCGUGGGACGAUUCUCCUACCACGUCGUCGACGAACUGAGCCACCUGUUCCCGCACAAACUCGUACACUUUGGAGGCGUCUGCAACCACCCAUGAAUCUGGUUCGUUAUAAAGAGCAGCAUUAUCGAGCAAAAGCUUGAAAUCGUCCAAAAACUCUUGUGCGUCAGUCCCCGAGUACUUUCCCUUGGUCACCUUUCUCUGAAUAUCGGAAAUAGUGAUGGGAUUAGAUACGAUAUCAGUAUAAUCGGGAUAUAACUUUUUGGGAGGAAGCUUAAUGAACGGGGUCACAAGCACUCUUUCAUUGGCGUCAUCACGAAGGUCAUAAAUCAAUUUUAACGACGACAGGUAGAAGUUCUGGAACUCUUCCACGCUGGGAAGCAGCUUGGCUUUCUUUCUCGCCAGUCCCGUCGUGCUGGUGGACUUUCUCUUUGUAGCCAUUGUGGUGAACGAAAUAAACAACU